GUCAAUCAUCUAUGGUUGAUAACUUGACAGACUAUAUACAGUUAUAGUUUAGCUACUUUUUCUCAUUUAUAUUUUGACUUAGCUAGUUGUUGUUUGUUUAUUUGAUUUUGGAGGUCCAAAUUUCCGGAGAAGGGGCCCCGAUAAAGAUUAAAAAAGAAUAUUCGUUGCACCUAAUGAAAAUUAUUGUAGGGUUACUCCAAAGUAUAUAUUGGUGCUUACGUGCUGACGUUAAGUUGUUUGUCGCUUGCUUGCGCAGACACUAUUUUUAGGCUUACUUGAUUUUUAGGGUUUCAACAAUCUGAAGAAAUGGCGGAUGAGGCUGCUAAGGCUGGGAUCGUGAAAAAGAGAACGUUCAAGAAGUUUGCCUUCAGAGGAGUCGAUCUCGAUGCUCUUCUCGACACGUCUACUGAUGAUCUUGUCAAGCUCUUCAGUUCCCGUAUUCGCAGAAGGUUCUCUAGAGGGUUGACGAGAAAGCCUAUGGCUUUGAUCAAGAAAUUGCGAAAAGCAAAAAGGGAUGCACCAGCUGGUGAGAAGCCAGAAGCAGUGAGAACUCACUUAAGGAACAUGAUCAUAGUGCCAGAAAUGAUUGGAAGCAUCAUUGGUGUAUACAAUGGAAAGACAUUUAACCAAGUCGAAGUCAAGCCUGAGAUGAUUGGUCAUUACUUGGCUGAGUUUUCAAUCUCAUAUAAGCCUGUUAAGCAUGGUAGGCCUGGUGUUGGUGCCACCAAUUCCUCCAGGUUUAUCCCUCUCAAGUGAAUGAUCUCACUCUUCUUAGAGUCAUGUGUUAUGCUCCAAAAUAAGACUGUCGUUGUUUUUUUUCUUGAUAACGUUUUAUCUUUGUUUCUCUAAUUCCUUUUAGUUUUAGUCUAGAACAAUUCUUCAUGCGUUUCAAUAAUACAGAGCAUUUUUUUAAAUAUCAACAGUUUGGUCUGUUUAUUAAGUAGUAUACUCGCACAGCUGGAACCUUUUUAUUUUCCAAAUUAUCCUAUAAAUAAAAUUCACCAACAUUACUAAACUAACCCUCAUGGAAGAAAUCUUACUAAAAUCACUCAAAUAAAUCUAUGACCAUAAGGAAACAAAUA